CGAUAGGAAGUGCAUGUGCAGUCAUGGUAGGUACUUGCUCAGGCGUCAGUGAAAAACUGUACAGCAUCUGUGCAACCAACAUCGACACAUGUUCCCAUGGGAAUGGGGGUGUCGUCGGCGAGCUUUCCAUUUAUGGUAAGCGGUGAAAAAGCCAAGCUCCUGGCGUAUCUGUCCCACCUUUUGCUUGACGGCCAAUUGCCAUGCUGGCGACCGGGCGGUCGACUUUUUUCUGCCGGACAUCUAAGCUCAACGAUCGAGAACGGCCAAACCAGCAACCAUGGCAGACGAUGGCAUGCUCCUGAACUUUGAGCUUGGCGAUGGACCAUUGAAAAGCCAAGUAAAGUUUAAGGGAGGACGCUGGAGAGACCGGCUUAAGGCGCAAAGAAGUGUCAAACAAUCACAGCAGAACGGGCCCUCGUCAACCCCGCCAAGGCGAGGACCAACCGCCAGCGAUCACGACUCUAGCAGACCGGCGAAGAGGCCGAGAACAGAUGAUGGAGACUAUUACAAGAAUCCAAAGAUACCAAAGACGGCUGAUGCCUCCACCAAGGCGCCCAGCCAUGCCAUGAGGACGGGGCAGAUCUCGUCGAGCUUGUUCACGUCGAAUCCGGCUCCUGUCACCUCGUUCGACCAACCAUCGGUCGAGGAAGUCGAACCGGCGAAGCCAUCCAACGCACCACUGUCCGAAGAAGCUGCGAACUUCCGCUCGCUGGGUCUGUCGCUACGUCUCGCACAACACCUCGCAACGAAGCUGGAGAUGAAGGCGCCAACAGCCAUCCAGAAGAACACCGUGCCGCAGCUGAUAGCCGAAGACAGCGAUGCCUUCCUGCAAGCUGAGACGGGUUCAGGAAAGACAUUGGCAUAUCUUUUGCCGAUCGUCCAUAGGAUCAUGGCGCUCAGUUUGAACGAGGAUGGGACGCCAAAGGACAUCAAAGUGCACCGGGAUUCCGGACUGUUCGCCAUCAUCCUGGCUCCCACGCGGGAAUUGUGCAAACAGAUUGCUGUGGUGCUGGAAAAGGUGCUGCGAUGCGCUCCGUGGCUCGUCUGCACGACCGUCAUAGGAGGCGAGAGCAAGAAGUCGGAAAAGGCCCGGAUCCGCAAAGGCGUCAAUAUCUUGAUCGCAACUCCCGGCCGGCUGGCCGAUCACCUCGACAAUACGAAGGUCCUCAACGUCGGCACAGUGAGGUGGCUCGUACUGGAUGAAGGCGACCGGAUGAUGGAGAUGGGGUUCGAAGACGAUAUUCGGGCGAUUGUCGGGAAGAUCAGAGCGGAUAAGCUGCUGAAGCAAAAUGCAGAGGGCGUUUUGCUCGAAGGCAUUCUCCCUUCCCGAAGGGUAACCGUGCUGUGUUCUGCAACCAUGAAAAUGAACGUGCAGCGGCUAGGUGAGAUCAGCCUAGAGGAUGCUGUGCACAUAACCGCAUCCAAGUCAGAGACGGACAAUGAUGCCGAAGCAGGACACGAGGCUGUAUUCGCCGCGCCGUCGCAGCUGAAGCAGUCUACUAUCAUUGUGCCAGCCAAGUUGCGCUUGGUUACGCUGGUCGCGCUCCUGAAGUCGACGUUCGCGAGACGAGGCUCGGUCAUGAAGGCCAUCAUCUUCAUCUCCUGCGCUGAUUCGGUCGACUUCCAUUUCGAGUUACUAAAGGACACGAAAGCUCUUGAGCCGCCGACUCCGGAGUCGUCGCCAACCGAAGACAGCCGUAGACCAGAGACGGCUUCGACUGUUGGCCCAGCCGCCUACAUGACGUCUCCAGCAAACCCCAAAGUCAUGCUUCACAAGCUCCACGGUUCGCUGGCACAGCCGGUGCGCUCAUCAACCUUGAGCUCCUUUGCGAGCUGCAAGGACCCAGCAGUUCUCAUCACUACCGACAUAUCAUCCCGUGGCUUGGACGUCCCUGCGGUUGACCUCGUCAUUGAGUACGACCCGGCCUUUGCGGUGCCUGACCACGUACACCGCAUCGGGCGAACAGCUCGUGCGGGUCGCCCGGGCAAAGCCGUUCUCUUUCUUCUUCCUGGCAGCGAAGAGGGGUACACCUCGAUCCUUCCUACCUCAACUCCCAUCACGCCUCAGCUCUACGAGUCUAUCCUUCAAAAGGGGCUGGCGACGGCAGUCAAUCUGCCGUCCACCCACACUACCUCUGAGACGGAGAAACAGACGUGGACCUCUCGCGCCGAAGCACUCCAGCUCCACUUCGAACAGCGGUUACUCGCCCGCCCGGCUGGCGCCAACGCGGACGAAGACACAGAAGACACCGGCAAACCCAACGCCAAAGGGAAGGCUAAAUCAUGGAAAUCUCAGCAAAAGGCGAACCCCAAGGACAACCCGCUCCUCGAUGCCGCCCGCCAGGCUUUCCGCUCGCACAUCCGCGCCUAUGCCACGCACGUGCGUGAAGAGCGUGUCUACUUCGACAUCACCCAGCUCCAUCUUGGGCAUAUGGCAAAGGCGUUUGGCCUGCGGGAGACGCCAGGGGGCAUCGGCGGCGGUGUCGCGAGACGCGCGCAUAAGGCACCUGCUGCGGGGGAGAAGAUGUCCAAGAUCUCGAGCAGUGGCAAGGUUAGCAAGAGAUAUGAUGAUGACGAUGACGAUGGGGUUGGCGCCGUGGAUGAGGAUGCGGCGAGACGGAUGAGGGAGAAGAUGAAGAUGGUCAUGAACACCGCUAGCGAGUUCAAUAUCGGCUGAAUGGGCGUGGUUUGAAGUUGGGAGCUUGGAUUAGUUUCUCAGCGCUGCAUAUCCGAUUAUCAUGCAUGGAAGUAUAUACCCUUGGUGAUGUCUGUUAGCUUACAGUUUAGGAAUGAUGUUCAAAUCACGGUUGAAGGUUUCCUGUCCUUGUGGGUCCGAUUCAGCAUCUAACCGUAAUUCCUGGUAUCUAGUACCUGUACCUUACUCUGCGAUAGCACCACCCUUUCAGCGCGAUUGUUGGUGGUCAUGCAUUGCCCAGUAACGUUAGCUGUAAUUUCUCUAAGGCUAUG